CUUUCUGUUCACUUUGUUUCACAAAAUCAUUUGGGCUCUUCUUACUGUCCUCUCCCACCUCCUAUCUCUUCUAUUUCUCAGAUGCUGCUGGGAUAGGUAACCUGAUUCAACCCUGAAGAACUCAGGGGAGGGAGAGAAGCCUUCUACUUGAGAAUUUUUUCCAUCCUUCAUAGCCACACAAAAUGAAGACAUUGCGACGAAUGCUUGGAAUUGGGAAAUUGCUUUGGGUCCUCUUCCUAAUCCCUUAUCUGGGCAUCUGGAGUAUCCACGGGGGAAAAUUAUGUAAUGAACAACUUUACAUUAAGAGAGGUUCCAUAUACUUCGUCUCACCGGGGGACCCAUUUAAACUGGAGUGCCCUGUGACAUACUGUGCUAAUCGACCUAAUGUGACCUGGUGCAAGUUCAAAGGAACACACUGUUCACCUCUUCAGGAUGAACGUCAGGAACGCACAAGUUGGGAAGAAGGGAAGAAUAUUUCAACUUUUAUUCUCUAUUUUGAACAUGUGCUUGCUAGUGACAAUGGGUCAUACCGAUGUAUAGCUGAUAUUUUAUCUGGAGUUGUUACAAGCCACUCAGUAACCAUUUAUGUGACAGCACAGACUCAAAAUAAUUCAGAACAUCUUCUAAUAAAUGCAACCAGUGCCACGGGACCUCCCUCCCAGAAUGAAAUGGUGGACAGAAAAUGGCUCCUUUAUGGUUUGCUUCCUUUGGGGGCAUUGUCAUCACUCCUCAUUACCUGUUUCUGCCUGUUCUGCUGCCUAAGAAAGCGCCAAGAGAAACGAAAGAAGUCUUUUGAUCCAACAGGAAGGGAAAUUCACAUGGCUGCUGUCCCCCAGCCCUUUGGAAGUGAACAAACUGAAGCGGGCACCAGGCAAAAUUCCCAAACACAGCCAUCAGAAACUGGAAUUUACGAUAAUGACCCCUGGUUCAGGGCACAGGAAGGGCCUGAGGUUUAUUCUAACCCAUGCUUAGAGGAAAACAAGCAGAACAUUGUUUAUGCUUCCCUGAACCAUUCUGUCACUGGAAAGAACCCAAGACCAGCAAGAGAUGUGAAAGAAGCACCUACAGAGUAUGCAGCCAUAUGCGUGAGGAGUUAAAUCUGGCCCUCAUCGCCCUACAGCGAUCACUGAAUGUCUCCAUGCCAGCACCAUCAUCUGGGCCCAACGGGAUGUCAAAUAAGAUUCCUCAACUUGAGAAUUUUCACGUUAAGGAAGUUUGUGUUGGUGCUUGGAUUUUAAGGAUCUGUAUGACAAGUGACUAAAAUUUCUCCUGAGAACUUCUCUGGGAGAGUUUGUUACUGUAGUCUUGAUUUACAAAAUCUAUUCUCCAAAAGUGAUUGAAUAGCAGAAUGUUAGAACAUUUAAACUUAGCUACAUUUUA